GUUCGCCAUCGACUAUAGGCUUUAGCCCUAAAACUUCAAACUCCGCCGUUUGAUAUCAGUCUCUCUGUACCUCUCUUAAACCUCUCUCCUAGUCCGGCGAAAUCAAGGUGAUCAACUACACAACAAUUACAAGCAAUGGCGGACAGGGUUCAGUACCGGCUCGAGCGAAUGCUCAAGGAGCUCGACGACCUAGAGGAACGCAAGAUAUUUACUCGAAGCGAGCUCGAGGAGAUUGUGGAGAAGCGCCGUCGGUUCGAGUAUCGGCUGGAGCGGCCGAGUCCGCUCAAGAAGGACUUCGUUGCCUACAUCGAAUUCGAGACUCAGCUGGAUUCACUGCGCCGCCUGCGGAAGCUCAGGAACAAUGAGAGAAAGAAGUCAGUCUCCGAUUUCGCCGGUGUAAGGAGGAUCAUCGACCUAUAUGACCGUGUCACUGUACGUUUCAAGGGGGAUAUUGAACUCUGGUUUCGGUAUCUGGAGUUUUGUAGGGCCCGGAAGAAUGGGAGAAUAAAAGAGGUACUGGCUAAGGUGAUUAGGUUUCAUCCCAAAGUUCCUGGAGUCUGGAUUUAUGCUGCAGCAUGGGAGUUUGAUCACAACUUAAAUGUCACAGCUGCUCGUGCUAUCAUGCAGCAUGGUUUAAGAGAGUGCCCCACUUCUGAAGACCUUUGGGUAGAGUAUCUUAGAAUGGAGCUCACAUACCUUAAUAAACUAAAGGCUCGGAAGGUUGCUCUUGGAGAGGAUAAGGGAACUUUGGUUGGUCAUCAUAUAGAUGCUGAGGAGAAACAAUGGAGAGAGGAUAACAAAGAAUUGUUUAUGUCCAUUGAUGAAGAAAAGGUUAAUGAUGAUGGAUCAGAUGUAGAAAAUAAGGAGUUAGGGACGAAUGUAGAUUUGUUUAAGGAACAAGGUUCAAACAUUCUUAAAACUAUCUAUAGUGGAGCAGUUAAAGCUCUUUCUUCUAGUUUUGGCCUCAGAAAGCGGUUUUUUGAGAUACUGGAAGUUAUAGACCUUGCCCAUUUAGAAGAUGUGCAAAAGGAGAUACUAACUGACAUGAAAAGAGAUUUUUCAACAGAUCCAGAAUAUUGGGACUGGCUAGCUAGGCAUGAAAUGUCAAAUUCUGGAAGCACACAUAAGAAGAGUGAUGAUAUUGAGCUUUCUCGCGUGCAAAAAGCAAUUCAGGUGUAUGAGGAGGCUUUGCAAAUUGCACCAUCAGCCAUGAUGUUCAAGUUAUAUACAAAUUUCUUAAAGGAUUUUAUUUCUCCAGCGAAAGGAGAGAACGAAAUUUCUGACUCAUCUGAGCAUCUUGCUAAAUAUAUUUCACACCUCUUGAUGGUUUACGAGAAGGCUGAGGUUGUCGAUUGUUUAACUGAGGAUCUUGCUUGUGAAUACGUUUCCUUUUAUUUGCAACAAGGGCAGGUGGAUGAGGCCCGGGGACUUGCAGGAAAGCUCUGUGCUGGAAAGAUUUCAAAUUCUGUUAAGCUAUGGCUUUUAAGGGUCUCAAUAGAAAUUAGAUCUGUUACAAGGAAUGCUCCUUCACCUACUAAGGCUGAUCUUCUAAAAGUCUUCGAGCUCCUUGAAAGUGUGAUGAAGAAAGUGCCACUAUCAGAAGCUGAGAGCUUGUGGAUUAUGGCCCUUAAGCUCUUCGCUGUGGACAAGCAUUAUUUUGACAAGUUGGUAGAGAUGUCUUUCCUUCUUGUAGCCAGAGAUGGUGGCAGUGAUAUUGGAUUCUGCGUCUCAUCUGUUAUUGUUAACUUUGUCGUUCAGAAGGAUGGAAUCCAGAAUGCAAGAGAAAUUUAUAAACGAUUUCUCACUCUACCCCGUCCUGGUCUUGUUUUAUAUAAAGAUUGUAUUGAAUUGGAAAUGAACCUUGCAUCUGUUGGUGAUAAAGACUGUCUUACAAAUGCUCGGAAGUUGUUUGAAUCUGCGCUUACAACCUAUCAACAAAAUGUGAGCUUGUGGCGGGAUUACUACUCCAUGGAAACCAAGCUGGGGACUUCAGAAACAGCAACUGCUAUCUAUUGGCGAGCGAGGAAGAUCCUGAAGGACGCUGCAGCUGUUAUAACUCAAGAUCUACCUUGAUUCAUCUGUACACCAUCAACUUCCAAUUUUGACCUUGUUAUGUAUGUGUGCAUUCAUUUAAGGUGAUUCAAAGGAAAACAGAGUAGGGGAGUAGUAGUUUUUGCUUUGUUGAGGGAUUGAUUGAUAUGUAUCUUGUGGCAACUGCAAAUAUGGCUGCUUACAUUAGUUUAUAUUUUUCAGUACAAUUUAACCAAGCCAUUUGUUAGCCCUCCAAG